AUGUCCACGGGUCUGUUGCUGAAUGAGAUUAUGGACCUGAAGAACUACACCGUCACUGAACGACCCGAAAUCUGUUUCAUCCACAAUUCUCAGAGGAGCAACAGUCCGAGCGAUCUCUUCAAAGUGGCAGAGAUGGAGAAAAGGUCCUUAACAGGUAUACCGAAGAUAGAUCUCGAAAUCCAGGCGUUCCGAAAAUUAGAGAAACGAAAGAUAAAAGUGAUUGAUAACCCUGACCCUAACCCCGAACAGUGA